AUGACCUUUCCUAUCACUCAGGCAGAAGGCAUGUUAGACGUAUUAGAUGAAAAGAAACGAAUUGUCUUUUUUAUUUUUGGUUUUGAUUUAAAUUCAAGCAGCCCUCUUGUCGUGGAAAUGAUAGAUGCGCUCUGUGACGGAGGAAAAGACAACGUUGUGUUACUUGAUUGGAGCAAAUAUUCUACUGAUGUGGAUGAAUCGAAUCCUUUGAUUGCAUAUCGGACCGUUUUCGGGAAUUCCCAAAAAAUAGGACCAUUUUUCGCUAAUAGUGUGGAAAAGUUGUGCAAACGUCAUGAUAUUUAUAUAGUUUCGUUCUCAGUAGGCGUAUACAUAGCUAGUUUUAUUGGUAAUUGUACCACAUGCAACAAAACUCGCAUUACAGGACUGGAUCCUGCGAAUCCUAUAUUAUCUGCAGGCAAAACAGGAUGCUAUCUUUCGGACAAUGAUGCGACGAUGGUAGAUGUUGUUCAUUCAGAUAUGGGUGGAUAUGGCACCCCAUCGUUUCUAUUCGAACUGCAAUUUUUCCUGAAUAGUGGUACCCGUUUUCAACCCAAUUGUAGUCCAACUAUCCAGCUAACAGGCCCUGAUGCUUUUUGUAGUCAUGCAGCAUCAGUCAGACAGUACAUAAAAUGUAAGCUCGAGCCUACUCUCUCCGAAUGUAAAGCGACAAAAUGUCCUUCCUAUAUUUCUUAUCUACUAGGUCUAUGCAAACACAAUGAACAGAAUAAUUUGGGAUACAACGCAACAAAUAAGUAA